UUCAGUCAGUACGAGUUUAGUCGGUAUAUAGUGUGGUGGUCGUGUGCGAAGUUCAUCAGAGCGUAGAAGCCGGAAAUUGAACAAACACCCACGAAAAUAUUUUUAUUUAACAAUGAAAUUAUUAUUGUUAUUUUUUAUUAUUUUACAAAUAUAUCCUAGUUUUAACAUUUCUAAUAAAAUCAAAGAAGUUCAUAAAAUAUCGGGGGAUAUUAACUUAGUUUAUUUGGAAGAUUGCGAAAAUAAACAUCAUGAGGAAGCUACAACGACGAGAAUUAACUCGGUUAUUUGGAUCGUUGAUAGACUUAAUGUUCUUCAAAUCGCAACACCUUUAACUUUUGGCUUAGAGAUAUACGAUGUAUGCAAUGAAACUCAAUAUUACGAUGUUAUUUAUCAAAUAUUUCAAAAACAAGAACAGAAGUUUACCGUUGGAGUAAUAACAUCGAAAUUUUUAUCUUUACAAUUACGAGAAUUUUGUAACGUUUUAAACAUUCACGUUAUGAAUAUCGAACGAAAUUAUAAACAAAUAAUUUCCGGUACUAUUCAAUUAUUAUCGGCGUUGAAUUGGAAUGGAAAUUUAUCUAUCAUUGCGCAAGAAGGUGAUAUUGUUGAGGAAGUUUUGACUUCAACCAAAGAGGCUUCGUUGUGCGUAAAAAAUGUUUGGGUAACAAAGGAUUUAGAGAUAUUACAAUUUUCUCCCAACAAUCAAUACGUAAUUAUAGGAGAUGGAGUUUCGAUCAAUAAUUCAUUAAUAAUUUCAUCUAGUUUGAAAGACGUCAAAAAAGCUAUUUUUGUUCUUAUUGAUGGUUCAAGAUUAGAAACUAUUCCAGAUGGUUCAUAUCUCAUUCAAGGAUACAACGAAGAUACUAUUAUCGAUUCUAAAAAGCCACCAAAAAUCGUGCCAACUCCAAUUUUUUUCGACGUAGCAAAUCCUUUCAUUAAUUUCGCAAAAUCACUCAAAAUUUUUCUACAAAAUAAUUGCAACGUAACGAACGACUUAUUAUUAUUACCUUGUAUAAAAGAUAAAUAUUUCAUGCAAACAACACUUUCAUCGUCGAGUAAAUUUAAGAUUCUUAAAUUUUUCGAGAUAGAACCUCUGCAAGGAAAAUUUAAUUACGAAAUAUUUGUUUCGGAAAAUAUCGAAUCGGAAUUUGAACCACUUAAAAAAUUAGCAAUUUAUAACGUGUUCGAUGAAACAUUCAUUGAAUUGAACGAUAACAAUGAUUAUUUCGAAAAAAUCGCAAACACUUCCGAUGAUUCCGAUAAUAAUUGUAAGAAUUCUUUAAGUUAUUGUGAAGAGAAUUGUUUAAAUUUUUGGUCAGAAAGAAAAUCUUGUUUUUGGGUCAUAAAAUUACGUUCCGACGAUUGGGUUUAUGCGAUUUUAACGAUAUCCCUUUUAGGAGUUCUUUUUUGCAUUGCUAUUUUUAUAUUCAUCAUAACACGUUUGUGUAAAAAACAAAUAUUCGAAGGGAACCCAACUUUAACAGUGCUGCUUUUAAUAGCUGUUAUUUUAAUGUACGUUUCAAUCGUUCCAUUCGCAAUUGACGGCGAUGAUGAUAUAAAACCAACAAUAAUCUUGUUUAGAUCGUUUUGUUUAGCUUUACCAUAUGCGGCGGCGUUUUCAUUGAUACUUUCAAGGGUAAUUCUAUUAGCUACCGCUUCAAAUGAGGUGGGAUUUAUGUCUCACGUUGCCGGAGUCGUUCAAUCUUUUUUAACCUUUUUUAUAUUUAGCGUGCAAUGCGCUUUAUGUCUUCAAAUUGUUGGUAGAUGCCAAGAAGAAAUCUUCCACACGCCCUUUGUAUUUUAUCUUUUAUCGUACAACGCUAUUUUAUUAAUACUUUUAUUAAUUUUAUCCCCACUUGUUGCCAAGUCUCAAAGAAAUUACAAAGAAGGUCGUUAUUUUGUUAUCGCAACUAUUUUAAUAACUUGUAAUUGGUGCUGUUGGAUUCCUGGAUAUUUUAUGCUUGGAGAUUAUUGGAAAGAUCUGAUGUUAUGUGCCGGAUUGGUUGUCACCGCUAGUAUUCUUGUUGGAACGAUUUUUAUACCAAGAACUUAUUUAAUAACCGUAUCUGCAGCUCGAGAUCGAUUUACAAGUGCUUUGCCAUCAUUAGCUGUAAAUACUUUGGAUGUUUAUCAAGCAACCGGUCAGAAUGUUUACGAUUGUGUCAACGUUACAGCGAUUAAUAAUCAUGCAAUCGUUGCUGAAAAACGUAAUACAAUUCAAGAAGAAGUUUAUUGCAGUUCUCCAAGUGAUCAAGGAUCGACAGCAUCUACGAUUAAUCCUGAUAAAUUAACUCGUUUUUAAUGGAAUUUUUCUUAAUCAGUAUAAUUAAGUUUGU